GUUCGCGAGCUUGAUGCGCGUGCCUGAGCGCUUCAAGAUGUGUAGCUCGCUUUGCUGCGUCAGAUAACGAACUAUGCUUUUACUAAACUUCAGCUAAUAUUAGGUAUGGUGUAUUCUAGUCUGAACCUCAUUACCUCUAAUGUUAUUUUCUGUAAAGUUAAUUUUAUCUGUUCGUAGAAGUCGGGAUUUUUGCUAGCAUUAGCUCUGUACUAGGAAGAUGCCACAGUUGAACAUCCGAGGGAUCGUGGUGGACUUUCCCUUCACUCCUUAUCCGUGUCAGCAGGAUUAUAUGAGCAAAGUGAUUGAAUGUCUGCAAUACAAAGUCAAUGGUAUUCUGGAGAGUCCUACAGGCACAGGCAAAACUCUGUGUUUGCUGUGUGCUUCUCUGGCCUGGAGGGACUAUUUCAAAGACACAAUCUCUGCACGGAAGAUAGCGGAAAGGAUGGGUGGGGCUGAGCUCUUCCCAGACAGGCCCAUGUCCUCAUGGGGAACCUCAGCCACAGAUGGCGACACACCAACAUAUUACACUGACAUUCCAAAGAUCAUCUAUGCCUCCAGAACCCACUCUCAGCUCACCCAGGUUAUUAAUGAGCUGAAGAACACUACAUACAGGCCCAAAGUGUGUGUCUUGGGUUCCAGAGAACAGCUAUGCAUCAAUCCUGAGGUGAUGAGGCAGGAGAGCAACCAUGUCAAGGUGCACAUGUGUCGAGCAAAGAUCUCUUCACGUUCCUGUAUCUUCUACAACAAUGUCGAAGAGAAAAGCACUGACAAGGAGCUUGUGAACAGUAUACUGGACGUGGAAGACCUUGUCAAAGCAGGAAACAAGAACAGGGUCUGCCCCUACUACCUGUCCCGCAGCCUCAAACAACAAGCUGACAUUAUUUUCAUGCCCUACAAUUACCUCCUUGAUCCAAAGAGUCGUAGAGCACACAAUAUUGAACUGAAGGGAACAGUGGUUAUUUUUGAUGAAGCACAUAAUGUGGAGAAGAUAUGUGAGGAGUCAACAUCUUUUGACCUGACCCCAUAUGACCUGGCAUCGGCCAUUGAGGCAGUGGAUAAACUCUUGCUGGAACAAGUCAAGGAAGCAACGAGAGGUGAAGUCAACGAGGACUUCAAUUUGGAGUCCUUGAACUCAGGAUUAAAACUGGAUGUAACAACACUGGCUAAAAUAAAGCAAAUAUUGCUGGACCUGGAGGCUGCCAUUGAUUCUUUUGAGCUUCCUUCAGAUGACAAGGGGAUCACUAAACCAGGCAGCUUCAUAUAUGAGCUUUUUCAGAAGGCUCAUCUGACUUUCGACACUAAGGCAGGCAUCUUGGAAGCGCUGGACCAGAUUGUGGGUUAUCUGGCUGGAAAACCUGGGAUUUUCCUCAACACUUCUGGAUUACAAAAGUUAUCUGAUAUUAUACAGCUGGUGUUCUGCGUUGAUCCACCAGAGGGCAGUGCGGGGCUGUAUGUGGAAACCCAUACUAAGCAGUUCAAGGUUCAUAUCCAUAAAGACUACAGCCAGCAUAAAAAAAAACAAAAGGCUGAUGUUUGGGCAUCAUCCUCCACCAAAAAACAAGGAAACAUCUUGAGCUACUGGUGCUUCUCACCAGGCUUCAGCAUGCAGGAGCUUGUGCGCCAGGGUGUGCGAAGCAUCAUACUGACCAGUGGCACCCUCUCACCCUUGGGCUCCUUCACCGCUGAGAUGCAGAUCCCAUUUCCUGUGAGUCUUGAGAAUCCACAUGUGAUUCAACGAGACCAGAUCUUUGUGAGUGUCAUUGACAAAGGACCUGACAACAUUCAGCUGAGUUCUGCAUUUGAGAGGCGGUUUUUACCUGAAAAUAUGGCUUCUCUUGGCAACACUGUGGUAAAUCUAGGACGGGUGAUUCCACAUGGUUUGCUGGUGUUCUUCCCCUCAUACCCAGUCAUGGAAAAGACCCUUGAAUUCUGGAAGGCCAACGGGCAUGCAGACCGCAUUGAGAACAUGAAGCCCAUGUUUGUGGAGCCAAAGGGCAAGGGGUCAUUUACAGAGAUGAUUGAAGGCUAUUAUGGGAAAGUGAAUGAUCCUAAAUCAAAAGGAGGUAGCUUCUUUGCUGUGUGCAGGGGAAAGGCUAGUGAAGGACUGGACUUUGCAGACACCUUUGGUCGUGGGGUGAUCAUCACUGGCCUUCCUUUUCCUCCGAGAAUGGACCCAAGAAUAAUUCUAAAGAUGGAGUACCUCAAUGAAAUGUGUAGGAAAGCCAAUAAAGGCAUCAAGUAUUUGUCAGGACAGGAAUGGUACCGACAACAGGCCUCCCGAGCUGUGAACCAGGCCAUAGGCAGAGUCAUCCGCCACAGGGAAGAUUAUGGCGCCAUUUUUCUGUGUGAUUAUAGGUUCAAAAACAGUGACGCUCGCUCUCAGCUGCCAUCAUGGGUGAGACCGUACGUCCGCUUCAAUGACAGCUUUGGGAACAUUAUCCGUGAUGUAGCACAGUUCUUCAGAGUCGCUCAGAAGCUUAGGCCCCCUCCGGUGAAGAAGGUCCCAGCAGCCCAGUGUGGAGCCCUCUGUUCCUCAGAUGGCAAAGUGCUGGCCAACCUCUCCUCCCCAGCACUGCUGACCUCCAGCAUGCCCAAGGCCAAGCUCCUGGACUUUCACAUGCCCAGCCUCAAGAGGAGACGGCCAGAUGAACCUGCGCCAGCGAGUGGCAUGGCAGGGGUUUGCCUCCAGUAUGAGCUACAGAUGGAGUCUGGCAGGAGGAAGCCCAUGGGUCUCCUUGAUGCUCUUGAGAGUAGCGAUAGCAGGAUCAUGGAAGAAGAGGAGCACUUGGUGGGGGAAGAGCAGGCAAGUCGGUUAUCCACACUUUCUCUCCAGCAUGACAAACGCAUGGAUGAUGAGCUCAGAGGAAAGAAACGUAGACUCAAACUGAUUCAGGAGCAGAAGCCCCUUCCUUUGAGCAUUCCAGAAGAGACGAAGGCUGAGAAAGCAAAGGCUUUCUUGCAGGUGCUAAAGGAAUCCCUGAGUCAAGUGCAUUUGCAACGUAUCAUGCUGGCUCUGCAAAAGUACAAAAAAGCAGAUAGUUUGCAGGAACUACUUGAUGAGGUUGUGGACCUCUUUGCAAAAGACAGCAAUACAUACACCCUGUUGCGAGAAUUCUAUCAGUUUAUCCGUCCUCACCACAAGAAGAAGUUUGAUGAGGCCUGCCAGGAGCUGACAGGGUUGGGAUGUGGCUAUAAACCUGAGCACUCCCUGUCCAAGGAGGAGAGAGAAAAGUUAAUGCAUCACACAGGCAACCCUGGACAAUCUGCACAUUCAAAUUCCUCUGCUGAUUUAAGGUCAGAAUGUAAGCAGCUGAAUUCCAGUGACCAGCUCAACAAAGGAGGUUCUCAUCUCAGCGUACAAGGUUUGAGUAAAGUGAAUGCACCUCUUGAGAAUGAAACUGCCAGACAAGCUUUACAUGGGUCUUCCCAGAAGAGUAUACUGUAUGCUACAUUUAUUUCUGACAUAAAGAGGGCUAUUGGAGUUGAAAAGUCCCAUCAGUUCUUUUCAGCAGUGGAGGAUUACAAAAAAACGGACAAUUAUGAUAACAUGAUCUCAAAAGUAGUCAGUCUGUUGACUGAAAAAGCUGAAGACUUUUCUGUCCUUAAAACAUUCGGCAUGUUUGUUCGUCCUCAUCAUAAGCAACGGUUCCUGGAGAUGUUCAGCAGUCUGACUGGAACAGCUGUCACGCCUGAAGAGAAGCUGCAAGUGAAUGGCAGCAUGGACUUAGAAGUUUCCGGUUUGACGCCAGUGAGAACACAAAGCAAGAUCUCCUCAUACUUCACCUGCAGUGACAGGAAGUAGCUAUAAGGUUGCUGCAUAAAAAAGUUUUGCUUUUGGAUGAAUAACUUUGAGGUUUAAGUGGCAAGUUGUCUUCUGGAAUCUCCAAUUUUGAUGCUGGGGACACUCUCAGUCCAUGCUGACUAUCUGACUGCUGAACUGGUCUGAUGAUUAUUUCAAAUGGAAUAUGUCCUAUAGUUGUCAGUAUCUGUCUCUCUCACACACACACACACGCACACGCACACACACACACACACAGUGCCAUCUGUGUACGAGCCCCUUUUUGUCUGUGAGAUGUGCAGGUUACACUGGACUGAUGUAUGGGGCAUGACUAAAUAAAGUACCUCAGGUGUUGAUCAAUAACUUAAUGACAGCUGAACCAUCUAAACACAAGCAGUCUCAAGGUCCCAAGCUGUGAUUGCUGUCUUUUUUAAUUUCCCUUUUGUACCCUGUUUUAAGAAAUCUAAUUGUCAAAAUAAACUUAACUCUGUCAUUGUAUGUAAUGAUUCAGCUUAUAAAAUAUAUAACCAUAUGCAUAUACAGAUGUAUUGCUUAACGAUGGGGAUGUGUUCUGAGAAAUGUGUUGUUAGGUGAUUUUGUCAUGCGAACACCCAUA